UUUGUGUCCAACUAAACACACAAUAAUGUUAUUCUUGUGUUUAAGUGUUUUGUUAGGCGUCCGGUGCUUAGGUAUCGGCGCCGAGACGGUGGACGUCAAGACCAGCUCCGGUACUGUGAGGGGACAGACUAUAACUGAGCUUGGUAAGGAACUUAAUCAAUUUUAUGGCAUUCCGUUCGCUGAGCCACCGGUCGGUGCCCUGAGGUUUGCCAAACCAAAGCCUAUUACAAAGCCUUCACCCGAUAUCAUCGAUGCGACCAAAAAGAAGACUUCUUGUUUGGGUGGGGAUCAGCCCACCUCUGAAAACUGUCUAUACGUCAACAUAUGGGCGCCCCAUAACAUCACAACUUUAAAACCUGUUAUGUUUUGGAUAUAUGGCGGAGGGUUUAGAGGGGGCUCUAUAUUCUCAGACAUGUAUAACGGCAAGUCGUUGGCCUCCUAUGAUGUCGUGUAUGUGGCCGUGGAUUACAGGUUGGGUUCAUUGGGCUUCCUAUACGGUGGCGAUGAUGAGGAGACCCCCGGAAAUCUAGGACUUUUGGAUCAACUCGAGGGACUCAAAUGGAUUACAGAAUAA